CUCAGUCCAAAAAUCCCUCACCCCUUCAGUCUUGACCCCAUGGCUGAGAGCCCUUCUCUCUCCCCUUCCAGAUCCAGCUGAGGACGACCUUGCCGCCGCACUCGAUCUGCUCCUCCCUGAUCUGGGCGUCCUUGAUUUUCUCAAGAGAAAAAUACCAGCUUUCUUCCGUGAUUUGUGGGAUUUCCCGUUGCUUGUUCCUGCCCUUGUUGCAUCCAGACUAGGAACUUCCAUCUCAUAGUGAAAGGUCAACUAUUUGUUAAGAGGAAAGGUAACACCGUAAUCCCCCUUUGCAAUUGUUGCAUGCUUGUACGAGUGAGAUUAUAAGUUAGUAAUUUCUUGUAACUAUGUGGUGUUGAUGUAAGAUUUGACAUCUCUCUGUGUUCUUUUCUUAGAUAUGUAUUGUACAAUUUAUUGUCUGAGUAAUAUACUGUCCUCUGUAUAAUUUGCGUUGGAUAAAAAAUUUAUAUAUAGUUCCACUCACUGAUGUCAUCUGAUUUUUUAAUGCUAUUAUUGUUUCAUAGAUGGACCAAAGAACAUUAUGCUUACAGUAGUACAUGCAUUAUUAUCACUACUACAUGUGGAGGAGAAGAUUGCUUGCUGCCAUUAUUGUGUGUUUAGGGAUGUACUGGUACAAGAUUAAUGUCCGAAAAAGGAAGAGAAAAUCUAUAACUUAUGCUCCCAUGUUCGAACGAGAUGUUGAAAGGAUGUCACGCCUGAACCGUAUGUAUUAUGGAACUGAGGCUAAUUGCAUAAGUGAGCCGCGCAUGCGGAAAUUUGUUUUUCACAAAUUGUGUGCCAACCUGAGACGUCGUGGUCUACUGGUAGACACAUUCCAUGUAACUGUGGAGGAGCAAGUUGCCAUGUUCAUCCAUGUUGUGGGUCAUAACUGGAAAAAUAGAUCGAUUGGUUUCGAGUUUUAUCGAUCGGGCGAGACUGUUAGUAGGUACUUCAAUGCUGUUUUAGAUGCCCUGUGUCUCCUUGCUCGUGAUGUCAUAUGCAUCAGAACCAUCGAAACACAUUCGAAGAUAACAAGUAGCUCCAGAUUUCACCCUUACUUUGAGGGAUGCAUAGGAGCUCUGGAUGGUACUCAUAUACCGGCAUGUGUGCCAAUCCACAUGCAAGAUAGGUUUAGGGGUAGAAAGUCCUUUCCCACACAAAAUGUGCUAGCAGCCGUUGAUUUUGACCUAAGAUUUACAUAUGUUCUUGCUGGAUGGGAGGGAUCGGCUCAUGAUUCUUAUGUGCUCCAAGAUGCCCUAUCACGUCCCAAUGGCCUUAAAAUACCAGAAGGUAAAUAUUUCCUAGCGGAUGCGGGAUAUGCUGCAAGACCCGGUAUACUACCCCCAUAUCGUGGUGUCCGAUAUCACCUAAAGGAAUAUAGGGGAAGUAGAGAGCCUGAGAACCCAAGGGAGUUAUUCAGCCAUCGCCAUUCCUCACUUAGAACAACCGUCGAAAGAGCAUUUGGUACCUUGAAGAAUCGAUUUAAAAUAUUUGCAAGUCAGCCAUUCUUCCCUCUAAAAACACAAGUAAAAAUUGUGUUUGCUUGUUGUGCGCUCCAUAACUGGAUCCUAGAUGAUGGUCCUGAUGAGUAUGUCUAUGAUGAUGCUACUUGGUACUCGGCCCUUCCACGGAGUAGACGACACCGUCGUGACGUCUACCAGGAGAGCCAGGCAUGGGCACACAAAAGGGAUGUACUAGCUCAAAAAAUGUGGGAGGAUAAUUUAGCAGCUCAAGAUCAAGAUGAUUAAGAAGUUAGUAUGUAAGGCUGAUGUUGAUGGGUUCAAUUUUAGGUUCCAUUCAGUCUGUUUGAAACUAGAGUUCUGCCUUAUUUCUAUGUAUCAAACAUGAGUGCUAUUUUGUUACAUUUGGUCAUUAUGUAUGUGAUUCAUGUGAAACUAUGUUGGUUGUACCUCUGUAAACUUAUAUCACUUAUUUUAUCUUUAGUAAAUUAUUGGUUGUUUCAUGCUUAUUUGCCUCACCUAUUAUCUUUUAAUUAAAAUGGCUCACUGUAUGAGAAACAACGAUGGCCAAGGGAAAGGGGAAGUCUGAUGGUGAUGGGUGCUCUCGUGAGAGGACUAUUUUCUGGGUUGAUGAUCAGACCAAGUUUAUGUUGGAUUGGUGCAUUUAAUACAUGAAGGAACAAUAUGCGGGAUUUAGGUUCAGGAAGCAUCAUCUUUUGAAGUGUGCUGAUGCUUUAAAUAGAAAAUUUGCUAUGGGGGUGACACUUGCUCAAGUUGAUCGUCACUUCAGGCACUACAAAGAAAAUUGGAAGUACAUUGCCGCCGCAAUUAGCAAGAGUGGCAAUGUUUUCGAUGAUAUUAGAUGUGUGAUAACUAUCUCCGAGUCUGAAAAGUCUUGCCUCAAUGAUAGAGCAAGGCGCUUGCUUUCUAAGCCCAUCAAGUUCUACUAUGAGAUGCAGGACCUAUUCACAGGCACUAGUGCUGAUGGUUCUUUGGCCAUGGACCAGCAUACAUGCACAAUUGAUUCCGAUGACUCGGACAAUGAUGAAGGGUUGUAUGAUCUCAACUGCUAUCCACAGUAUGAGGGCCCUCUUGAGGAGGAUUCUGACACUUUGCCAACAACACAUUGUCCUAAAAGACCUCCAGUACCUGUAGGUGGUGAUAAUUCAACAUCUCGCACUAGCCGAGUUGGUAAGAAGCGCCCAAGAGGUAGCAAGUCACCUACUAAGAAGCCACUAAGAACCAAGAGUCGUUUCAUGGAGUCCGCUGAAGAAAUCAACUCUACAUUGAGGUCACUCCAGCAAUCCCUUGCUGCCGCUCCUCCUCCAAUGCCCCAAGUUGUUGAUCCUUAUGCUAGUUUAUGGAAGAGGUUGAAGGACCUCCCAAUUACCACAGAUCAAAGAAUUACUGUUGGUGUGCACUUAUCUUGCAAGGACAAUGAAGGUUUGUGUGGUUGGUUAUGCAGUGCAAGUGAAAAAACUUUUGAAACUUGGGUUUGCAAGUUCUUUGCUGACAAAGAUCAUGUUUAUAGCAACAUGUGAAGUUAUCUAGUUGCUAACUUGUCAUGUCUAGAAGUUGGCAACCUGUGAAGUUUAAAAGAUGGCAACUUUUGGUAUUUAGGAGAUGAACUUGUGCUACGGCUACUGCUUUUGGGAAGUAGAUCUUUUGAUGUGUGGUGAAACACUUUAAUGUAACUUGGCCAGAACUUGUGUCAUUGCUAUGAAUGACU